AAAACCCCUCAUGGAGAAUGCUUAAGCAGGAAUCAAUGACAUCACUGGGCACGAAACACUCUUGGAAAGAAGAAUUGCUAUCAGAGCAAUCUUACAUGAUAAAAGGCUCACGGAAAAGUUCUUCACUAGCUGCAUGCAUCAUAGAUUUUUUUCCUGUCCUUCCCUAAAAAUGUCCAAGCAACAGCCUGCUCAAUUUACCAAUCCAGAAACUCCUGGCUAUGUUGGAUUUGCAAACCUUCCCAAUCAGGUUCACCGAAAGUCUGUGAAAAAGGGGUUUGAAUUUACUCUGAUGGUGGUUGGUGAAUCUGGAUUAGGAAAAUCUACAUUAAUAAACAGCCUCUUCCUGACAGAUCUCUACCCAGAAAGGAUAAUCCCAGGAGCUGCUGAUAAGAUUGAACGCACUGUGCAGAUUGAAGCCUCAACAGUUGAAAUUGAAGAGAGGGGCGUGAAGCUGCGGCUCACGGUUGUGGAUACACCGGGAUAUGGGGAUGCCAUCAACUGUCGAGACUGUUUUAAGACCAUAAUCUCUUACAUUGAUGAGCAGUUUGAGCGAUACCUGCAUGAUGAGAGUGGAUUGAACAGAAGGCAUAUCAUAGAUAAUCGAGUUCAUUGCUGUUUCUAUUUCAUUUCACCAUUUGGUCAUGGCCUUAAGCCUCUGGAUGUUGAGUUUAUGAAGGCCAUACACAACAAAGUAAAUAUUGUGCCAGUGAUUGCAAAAGCUGAUACACUUUCUCUGAAGGAGCGAGAGAGACUAAAGAAAAGGAUUCUGGAUGAAAUAGAAGAGCAUGGCAUCAAGAUUUAUCACCUGCCUGAUGCUGAAUCAGAUGAAGAUGAAGAUUUUAAAGAGCAGACCAGACUCCUGAAGGCCAGCAUUCCAUUUUGUGUAGUGGGAUCCAAUCAACUCAUUGAAGCAAAAGGUAAAAAAGUUAGAGGUCGGCUCUACCCAUGGGGUGUAGUUGAAGUGGAGAAUCCAGAACAUAAUGACUUCCUGAAGCUGAGGACCAUGUUAAUUACCCAUAUGCAAGACCUUCAGGAGGUGACCCAGGAUCUUCACUAUGAGAACUUCCGCUCUGAGAGGCUCAAACGAGGCAACAGGAAAAUAGAAGAUGAAGAAGUAAAUAAAGACCAGAUUCUGCUUGAGAAGGAAGCAGAACUCCGUCGCAUGCAGGAGAUGAUUGCAAGAAUGCAGGCACAGAUGCAGAUGCAAAUGCAAAGUGGAGAAGGUGACAGCAGUGCAGUUCAUGGGCACCAUGUGUAAAGUCUUGGAUGAUUUUUAUCCCCUGACUCACAGGAUACCCUCUGGAGCUGGAUUGCAGUGGUGGAGGCAGAAAGGAUGCCUCUUGCUUCCAUGUGAUCUGGAGCUUGCUGUGGAGUUUAAUGUGGGACGGUUUUGUGGUAACAUCUUGUGAGAUGUUUUUCAUAACAUGUAGUCAGUUGGUAUUUUUAUAUAUUAUACACUUUCGACUUUCAUUUUCUUUAGCCCUUCUUUUCUUGAGGUUAUUUUAAAUUUCCUAUUAGGGACACAAAAUAGUAAUUGAAAGUUUUCCAGCCUGAUAAGUAUUAGAUAAUAAUAUUUUUUUAAUAUACCUUAUUAGCUCCCUGCUUUUAACUUUGUAUUCCAUUUAGAAAUGAACAACUGUCAGUGAUACCUUGUUCAGUGCCAGGUAACAGUUACUUCAUUAAGGUUGCUCCCCUGCAAGGUUAAUUUUAUAAAUAUUGCAGUGUUUACAUGUGUGUGUGAGACCAGCAGCCCUUUCUCUGUCUCUGCUCACAGCAGAGGAUUUUCUUGGCCUCUGCAAAAUAUCAAAUGAAAAUUCAAGUAUUGCUUGUGUCUCAGCAAAAGAAAAAAGAGGAAAUGCCUCUGUGAGAGGCACACUGUAUGUUACAUGACAGAUUUAACCUUGAGGGUUAUUAUUUUCCUAAAAUCUCUUACUCUAUUGCAGCUAAUUUUGAAUAGUUUCUUGUAGGUCAUCACAAAUCACUCCUGCUAUUUUCUGGCAUUAUUGUAGCCAAAUAAACUUGAAUAAGGCUGAUUUUAUUGUUGAGUGAGGUAAACUCCAAAGAAUAGUUUUCUAUGCAUGGGUUUUUUCAUAUAUCCAAGGGAUAAGAAAUUCUGUAAUUCCUAGUAAGUAUUUUCAUACUAUUUUUAGGGCAUUUAAAGCUGUUACAUGUAGUAAAAAUAUAUAUUAGCACACUUCUCUUUUUAAAAGUGACCUGUUCCUGACAGGAUCAGUGCAAACUGUAUUUUAAAUUCUUGCUCCAGGAUGGAGUCAGCACUAUUACUUCAGGAGAGACUCUGUUUUCUUUUAUUAGGCCAAGGUCACUUUCUUAAUCCUGGUAGCAAAGGAGGCUGUUUUUAGCUUGGCUGGGCUUGUGCUGCAGAUCUUGCCUCGUGUUGUAUUUGCAGCAAAUAAUCAAUGUAGCACACAACUGCCCAGGUGGUGGCUGACAGGGCAAGCAGUGACACACCCUGGGUUGUUUGCUGCUCCUGAUAAAGCCAGCAAUCAGAUUUCUUCAUCUGAUCUAUCACAAAACAUCCUUAUCUGAGCAGCUAAUAAACAAGUAGAAUUGCAACUUCAUUUGGCUCUUUGAGCUCAGGUGCAGCUGCGACUUUUAUAAUUUUGUUAAUGUUCCUGUGAAAAAAUAACAGAAUUUCUACAGGUAAUGUAUAAUUCCAGUGGUGCUUCAGUCGCUAGAUUAAAUAGAAACCUGUUAAACAACUGAAGUUUUUACCUGCCUGCAACUACUGUUUUAUGUUUGAAUCUUUCUAAAAAUGUGAAGUAAAACCCUGUAUCAUAGCUGGGGAGCUCCAGCUCUCUUUUCCAAUGUAAUUACUAUCAAAGUUUGACACUACUCAUUUGACCUUCCCUAACCUUGACAAAAGUGAAAAUGAGAACCUUUUUGUAUGCAAAGAAGAGUUAAAUUCCAUUUGGUCAAAUCUCUGCAUAUAAAACUUGGAUGGAAAAAAAAAAUGUGCUUCUAAAUUCUUGAAUUGCUUUUUCAAAAGAGGGUGUAGGACCAAAGUAAUGUAGCAGCACUGUCAGAGAACACUCCACAACACCUUACUUAUUUCUAUUACCAUGAGCCUGUACUUGAAGAAAAACUGUGAAAUAUAAAAUGUCUGCACAGGGGCCUGGUUGUACUUGUCACUCUCACUGUGUAUAUUGGGUUGAUAGGGUUUUUUCCCUCUAUUUUUAACAUGGGAACAAGAGCACAUUGUCCAUUUAUUUAGUGCUGUUUGGUAAUAAUUUCACUGUCUGUGAAAUUAUUUCAGGUAAUGUUUGAUUCUUUGGAAUAUUUACAUAUCUAUUAAAAUAUUUGAUCAGGAUAAAGCAUUUCAUGUGAUUCUUAAGCAAAAAAUAAUUGAUCUAAAAAUUCAACAGGAGAAAUAUUUUUGUAUGUUGUUUUGGCAUUUAAUGGGGAAAAACCAAGUUUGUGGCACUGGCCAUUUCAGCUGAAAUAUUCAAGACAGGUAAUUAAUUAGUGCUUCUUUCCAAGCCUUUGGGACAAUUGUUCAUAGUGUGCCUGAUGUCUCUGAAGGUCUAGUUCCCCUUCACUUUUCUUGGGAUGGUCUUGAAAUGGAUGAUUUUGUGGUAAGACAUGAAAAGCAAGACUACUUUUCUCAGAAAAGCUGCUGGUAAAAGAAAGAUAUGACAGCAGAAGGGCUUGGGGACAAAAGGUAGAUUCUGUUUGGUGGCAUGCUGAACUGGCCACAGUUCAUUUUUUUUUACUGUGUUGUGAUGGUUUUUAUUUUAGGAGUAAAAAUACUUUUAAAUUUGCAAAGCUUUAUAGUUGAUAGCAAAAAUUACUUGUUCUUGGUACAAAAACCUGUUAUAAUCUAUGUACUCCAAUCAGCUAAAACUGUAAUAAAAAUGCUCAAAAGCUA